AUGGAAGUUAAUAAACAAGUCAAAUCACGAUCAACCAUUAAAUAUCCACUUGUAAUAAAUCCUGAAAAAGAUGCAGAAAGAAUCAAUAAAUCUAUCAAACUUAUGAAUCCUGAUGAAGAUGUUAUUAAUGAAAUACUUGGUCACAGAAGUCUUCAGCAACGUUUAGCCAUACAAGAAAUAUAUAAACGUUUAUAUGAUAAGGAAAUCACUGAACAUAUUGGUUCUGUAUUAAUUGGCAGUUAUGAUAGUUUAAUUAAAACUUUAUUUAGAAAUCCAAUGGAAAUAUUAGCUAAUGAUUUAUAUAAAGGAAUCAAAAAUCUUGGAUCAAAUUAUCAAAUUAUGACUGAUAUUAUUUGUUGUUGUAAUAAUACUGAAAUUUAUUUACUGAAAAAAGCUUAUGAGAAAGUUUUAAUGAAGGAAGAUCCAAAAGGCUAUAGACAGAGGUCAUUACACAUUGAUAUUAUGAAAGAAUCUAAAGGCUCAUAUAAAUUACUUAUGGAACAAUUAUUAAAAGGUGAAAGAUGUGAAGAUAAUACAACUAAAACUGCUGAUUCGACGUCUACAGUUCAUGGAGGUGUUGAUCAAAAAUUAGUUGAUGAUGAUGUAACAGAAUUGUAUGAAGCAGGAGAAGGACAAAUUGGCAAAGGGGAUCCUUCUAUUUAUAUAUCGAUUCUGUCAAAACGUAGUAAAUAUCAUAUCAGAGAAAUAUGUAAAGCAUAUCAAAAAAAAUAUGGUUGUCUCCUAGUUGAAUCAAUAUCAAGAAAAUUCUCAAACCCUCUUCGUAAUGCAUUAAAUACUAUCAUAAUGGCACUAGUCGAUCUACGUCUAUUAUUGACCUGUCAACUUUACUGUAGUAUGGAAGGUUUAGGAUCAAAUGAUGAUACAAUUAUUAGAAUAAUUUGUCUUCGAUGUGAGAUUGAUUUACAAGAUAUUAAAAACAUAUAUGAGAAAUAUUUUUAUAAACCAUUAGCUAAAGCAUUACAAUCAGAAACACAUGGUGGUUUUAGAAAAUUAUUAUUAAUUCUAUUAGAUUAUGUCAUUUAUUUGAUUAUAUAUAUUAAAACAAAAUCAUACAUUGAACUAAUAAGAAUGAUAAGUCAUCAAACUGGACCAAGUAUUACAUUUCCUGAUCGUAUUAGCGCUGAAAAUGAUGCAGAACAAUUACAUAACGCUUGUAAAUUACUGUCUACGGAUGAAGAAACCAUCACUAAAAUUCUAGGACAUAGAAAUUUACAACAACGUUAUCAAAUAAGAGAAACUUUUCAUAGGCGAUAUAAAAAGGAUUUAGUUCAUGUAUUAUGUAAUGCAACAAAAGGUGAUUAUGAAAGUCUUAUUAAAACUUUAUUUCGUGGAAAUAUACAAAUAUUAGCCCAUGAUUUAUAUAAAGGCUUAAAGAAACCAGAUAUUGUCAAUGAGAUCAUCUGUUGUUGUAAUAAUAAUGAAAUUAUUAUGUUGAAAAAAGCAUAUCAAGAAGUGCUUCAGGAAGAAGAGCCAAAAAAAGCUUCACAGCGUACACUCGAAACUGAUAUAAUCAAAGAAACAAAACCACCAUAUGAACAAUUAUUAGUAGCAUUAUUACAAGGAAAACGUGAUGAAGAUCCAUUGGAAUUAGUAGAAGAAGCUGUAAGAACUAGAAGUACAUCAAGAUUAAUUAAUCGAAGUCAAGUUGAAAAAGAUGUUGAAGAUUUAUAUUAUGCUGGAGAAAAACGUGCAGGUAAAGGUGAUUCUGAAACAUUCAUUAAAAUUCUAACAAAACGAAGUAAAUAUCAUGUAAAAGAAAUAUGGGAUUUAUAUUUAUCAAAAUAUCAUAGUACAAUAGUUGAAGUUAUAUCGAAAAAAUUCUCUGAGCCAUUUAGAUCAGGGUUAAAUACAAUGAUUAUGGCAUUGAUAGAUUUACGUUUGUUAUUAGUCUGUCAAUUAUAUGAUAGUAUGUAUGGACUUGGAACACGAGAGGAUACACUGAUACGAAUUACCUGUUUACGAUGUGAGAUUGAUAUGAAUACACUGAAAUCAAUGUAUCGUGAAUAUUUUGGUAAACCAUUAAUUGAAGCAGUACGAGAAGAUACAUCGGGAGAUUUUCGCAAGUUACUCUUGGCAUUAUUGGGAGAAUAA